AACCGAAUUAUUGACCGAUUCUCGAUUAAACGGAUUGGACUGGGCAGUUUGGUCUAGUUUUCAAAACUAUGGGUUAGUUAGGAGAUUUAGGACCGGCAUGCAAUGGACAUCUUUACUUUUGUGGUGUUGAGUUCCAAUUUGCUUAUUUUAUUAUUUGUAUUCUCGGAUGCUACUGAUAGCAUUACUAAAUCCCAAUUCCUUAGUGACAUAGAGAAGACAACCUUGGUCUCUAAAGAUGGAGGCUUUGCCCUGGGGUUCUUCAGUCCCGGUAAUUCCACUAACCGUUACUUGGGAAUUUGGUACAACAAUAUCACAGUUAAAACAGUUGUUUGGGUAGCAAACCGACUUAACCCAAUUAGCGACUUGUCUGGGGUGUUGAUGUUAAACAGUUCAGGUAGCCUUGUUCUUCUUAGCCAGAAUACGACUGUUGCUUGGUUGGCAAACUCAACAAAAGAGGUAGGGAGUCCAAUUGUUGAGCUUUUAGAUUCUGGAAAUCUAGUAUUAAGAGAAGAGAAUGAAGGAAACCCAGGACGCUAUUUGUGGCAAAGCUUUGACUAUCCUUCUGAUACGUGGCUACCUGGGAUGAAGCUUGGAUGGGACUUGAGGAUUGGCCUGAAUCGGCAUCUAUCUUCAUGGAAGAGUCCAGAUGACCCCUCACCUGGGGAACUGAGCUGGGGGAUUGAACUUCAUAAUUACCCUGAAUUUGUCAUGAAGACCGGCUCCCAGAAGUACUUCCGGUCCGGCCCAUGGAAUGGCCUUUUUUUCAGUGGUAUGCCAGAUUUGAAGUCCACCCAGGAUUAUAGCUUCACUUAUGUCUACAACAAAGAUGAGGUUUACUUCAAGUUUGAUAUGAUUCAAGAAUCUAUAAUCACAAGAGCAGUUUUGAGCCAAUCACAGUACGAGCGCUACAUAUGGGUUGAAGAAAAAAACAAAUGGAGCAUGUUAUUAUAUUUGCCAAGAGACAAAUGUGACACUUAUAAUUUAUGUGGUGCUUAUGGAAAUUGUAUCAUGGGUGAGUCCCCUGUCUGUCAAUGUGUAGAAGGAUUCAAGCCUAAAUCACUACAAACAUGGAACCCAGAAGAGUGGAAUAAGGGAUGUGAACGCAGCAAGCAAUUGAGCUGCCAGGAUAAAGAUAAAAUUGCGUUUGUUAAAUUUGUUGGACUCAAAUUGCCAGAUUCUACGAAUUCUUGGGUGGAAGAAAGCAUGGAUUUUGAGGAAUGUAGAGACAAAUGUUUGAACAACUGUAAUUGUACGGCUUUUACAAACUCAAAUAUCAGAUACGGAAUAAGUGGUUGUGCCAUGUGGUUUGGGGAUCUAAUUGAUAUUAGACAGAUCGCAGCUAAUAACAGGAUGGAUGUUGAUAGUCAGAAUGUAUAUGUUCGAAUGUCUGCAUCAGAGAAAGAGGUGAAAAACAAGCAAAAGAUGAAGGUGAUAAUGAUAGUUGUGGUUGCCAUUGCCGUAGCUUUUGGAGUACUAUUGAUUCUUUACUGCAUUUGUAAGAGGUCAGACUCCAGAGGCGCUUCUGGUAAUGAGCUCGGGUUCAAUGGCACCGUCUGA